CACCGACUUGGACCCCCGCCACCGGGACCCACGCAGAGCGGCUUGUACUCCCAGAGGCUUCAACAGAGCGGGUCUGGAGCUGGGAGCUGCAGGUGGACGGUGGCCAGGAGGCUUUCAGUCCUACAGGAACAGACGGUAGAGGUGAUGGAGGUGCUCGUCUGGAGGUCCGUGGCGGUCGUCUGGAGGCGCUCGCUGCAGGUGGAGGGAAGGCCGGGAGCCGUGCAGCCCAACGGAUGCAGAACGAAGGACUGAGGCGGAGGUCCUGGAGGCAGAGGCCAGCCUGGAGGCGGCGGUGGCCUGGAGGUCCUGGAGGCGUCCAACCUGGAAGGGGCGGCAUGGAGGGCCAGGUGGCGGCUCCUCAUCCAAAGGGCCUGGAGGCGGCCAACCUGGAAGGCAUGGAGACGGCCGAGGUCCUGGAGGCAACGGCGGGCCUGGAGGCGGAGGCCAACCUGGAGGUCCUGGAGGCGGUGGGCCUGGAGGCGGCGGCAGCGGCCAUCCUGGAGGUGGACUACCUGGAGGUCCUGGAGGCGGAUUGUGGAGACCGGCCUGGAGGUGGCGUCCACAUGGCGGCGGUCGGCCUGGAGGCGGUGGCCAACCUGGAGAAGCCUGGAGGCAACGGCGGGCCUGGAGGUCCUAGAGGCGGCCAUCCUGGAGAGCCUCGAGGCGCCGGCGGCAGCCAUCCUGGAGGCGCCGGCGGCAGCCAUCCUGGAGGCGCCGGCGGCAGCCAUCCUGGAGGCGCCGGCGGCAGCCAUCCUGGAGGCGACGGCGGGCCUCGAGGCGGCGGCUCCUCAUCCAAAGAAAUGAGGCGACGUUGCGGAGGUCCAGGCGGUUGGCCCGGUGGAGGUCCUGGAGGAGACGGUCCCGGCGGUGGAGGUCCAGGCGGUUGGCCCGGUGGAGGUCCUGGAGGAGACGGUCCCGGCGGUGGAGGACGGUUGGGGGAUCCGGCGGUGGAGGUCCGAAGGCGGCUCGUGAUUAGACCAACCAGCUCCUCGUCCAUGGAAGGAUUGAAGGAGUCACUGGGGAUGAAGAUCACUGCUCAGGGGCUGACGACCCCCCCCCCCCCCCCCCCCCCCCCCCCCCCCUCAUCUUUCCGGAGAAGCGUCCUCAUGGUGCAGGCGGUCAAACCUCCACCUCUUUGAAGACACCAAGCAGCUUGAUGACUGACUGGUUCUUUAUACUCCGGACCUCGUCCCGGAGCAGAGGACAGACCUAAGGCCUACAGCGCAGCCGACUAGAGACUCCAUGUGGAACCGGUUCAAUUAAGUUGACCGCUCCUUCAGGCGACUUAAAGGGAGACCAGAUGUGUGGCAGCUGGGUGUCGCGGUGCAGAGACCCAACGCUGCACUGAACUACACCAGUGUGUCCUACUCCCCAUAAACCCUGAGGAUCCCUGGCUACACAGCACUUUAAUCCACACCCAACAUUAACACACAGUGCACACUCUAUAGAGCUCGUAAGUCCGCCCCUUGCGGCGGGACCUCGUGAGAUCGUAAGAUAUGACUUGGUUUCAAUGGAGAGAAAGUCAUUAUUUUCUCCAUUAUGUUACACCACAUUUUGGGGGAAGAAUGUUUGAAUCAAUCUUUGUCAUUUAGUUCUAUACUCCACAUCUGUACUCCCAGCUGUUGUAUUUUAACACGGUAGCUGGCAACCCUCUUUAUAGGGAGCGACUAGAGGGACGAGGCUGGAAGCAAACCUGAGCCUGGAUCUUAACCUUCUUUCUAAACCUAAUGCCGCAAUUUAACCGCAAAUAAAGUGAGGCCUAAAGUAACUUGCCUCUCUUACCUAAACUUGCUUGCCUAAACUCGCUUGUCUAAACUCGCUUGCAUAAAACCUAAACUCGCUUGCAUAAAACCUGAACUUGCUUGGCUAAACUCGCGUCGCUUGCCUAAUACCUGAACUUGCUUGCCUAAACUCGCUUGCCUAAUGCCUGAACUCGCUUGCCUAAUGCCUGAACUCGCUUGCCUAAUGCCUGAACUCGCUUGCCUAAUGCCUGAACUCGCUUGCCUAAUACCUGAACUCGCUUGCAUAAACUCGCUUGCCUAAACUCACUUGCCUAAUACCUGAACUCGCUUGCAUAAAACCUAAACUCGCUUAGCUUGACUCGCUUGCCUAAACUGGCUUGCAUAAAACCUAAACUCGCUUGCAUAAAACCUAAACUCGCUUAGCUUGACUCGCUUGCCUGUACUCGCUUGGCUAAACUGGCUUGCAUAAAACCUAAACUCGCUUGCAUAAAACCUAAACUCGCUUAGCUUGACUCGCUUGCCUGUAGUCGCUUGGCUAAACUCGCUUGCCUAAUACCUGAAGUCGCUUGCCUAAUACCUGAAGUCGCUUGCCUAAACUCGCUCCAAACACGUUACACAAAGUUAACCAUCCAUAAUCUUUAACCCAAACCAGACUUGUCCCUGGGUCGCUCCACUUUAAUCUAGAAGUUUCUUCUUUUACCUCGUCUGCGUUUUGAGUUUCGUUCUUUGAGGGCUUGAAGUGCUUUGGAGGAUAUUUGAACCUUUGUUUGCCACAUCAAUAAACCUGCUUUAUCUUUACCCACCUCUUCAUGAAGCAGAAUGUGUGUGAAUGUUGUCCCGUGAGCUCCAGGCUCUCUGUGGGCCUGUCAACGUCUCUUUAGCAAAAGGUUGGAGAGUGAAAUUCAUUUGUGCCAUUUUCAUGUGUUCCUGAGUAUUUCAGACCUGUGGUGUUUCACAUGAGACCUUAAUGUGAACUUUCCUUUUUCUGCCUGCAUACGUAAUGCCUACAUUAGUAGGGUGAUCACUGUUGAUCCCAAUAUUGAUCAUUAACCACCUCAUUCUUUUAUGUUUUUUUUCGAUGAGGAUUACAAAUCAUGUAAUUUAUGAGCAUAUUUGCAAAUGGCUCCAAAUAUCAGAUUGUGUAAAAACUAAUGAAAUGUAACCUGCUUGAUUUAAAGAAAAUAAAACAUCCAAAUAUUAUCAA